AUGGUGGCCUCUGAAUUCCCCAGAAGACUUUACACCAAAGGGUUUGAGCCAGCCCCGGAUAAAAGCAUCGGCUAUUACGCUGAUGAUUAUAGGCUGGUCCCUGCACUAAAGUCAGCUCUAGAAGAGGAUGAAUGGGAAGAGAUUUACGAGUCACCGUUGGGUGUCUUUUUAAAGUUCCACGAGUUGGAUUUUGGUUGGGCUUCUAGGCUGGUGCACCACAUGCUGACCUUUCAGAUAGUUUGCAAGCAGAGGUACGAGAUAUGGAGCCUGAUUGGUACCACUCCAGUUCGGUUUUCAUUGCAUGAGUUUGAGGAGAUCACCGGACUCAACUGCGGGUACGUGGAUGACUUGGCUUUAACUGAUCUUGCGCUUGUCGAUGACAUGCGUGCAUUUUGGGAGCUAAUGGGGGUCGAUGCCGAGUCGGGCCCAAGCACUACCAAAAUUAUCGAAGCCUGUUCCAACUGCUCAUCAUGGUCUCGUGAUGAUAGGCUGCGGUUGGGUUAUCUUGGGAUCUACGCUGGUUUCAUAGUGGCAACGAGACCCGGCUCAUCCACAAAUGUCAACCAUGCCAGACUAGUGAUGGAUCUCGAAGGUUUUAAGGAGUUUCCAUGGGGAAGAAUUGCUUUUCAGCAUUUGAUCAAGUCUGCUAAGGAGAAAGAUCUCAGCAAAAACAUUCAUAUAGAAGGAUUUGUGCAAGCUCUUCAAGUGUGGGUGUACUAUGCUCUACCGGAUUUUGCUGCUGAAUUUGGCAAACCAUUGCCAAAUGUUACUGAAGAACCUCUUUUGCUGGCUUACAAAGGAUCCAGAGGACGAAAGAACGUCAAAGCCAACAUGCUAAAACAGGCUCGCAUACAGUCCUGCAUGGCUAAGGACUUGGAGGAUAUGUUUCCCGUGUGGGAUGAUGACAAACAGGAUCCAGAUAUUGUCAAGAUUGUCAAUGCACUCCAUGACCCCAAUUUCAAGUUCUCAAAAAAUCAUUGGCCUUUGGAAGGUGUUUUGGGUGCACACAUCGUCAAGUCAGAAGCCGGAAAGAGGAGCCUUCCCUCAGAUGAAUCAAGUCGCAAGAGACCCUGCACAGCCUCUGCAUCUGCCGCAUCAUUCGUUGGUGAUGAAGGGGUCGGAGUUGUCGCUACUAUGAAAGCGCACUUCGACCAAUGCUUCAAAAGCUUUUCAACCAAGAUGCUGAAUGGUCUUGGUAGCUGUGAAAAGCAGAUCAAACGUCUCACCGAGAAGGUUGAAUCUGUAGAGCGUGCGGUAGAAGAGUUGACUACAGGGUCGGCGAAGCACACUGAGAAGAGCCAACCCAGCAGCAGGGCACUGGAUCCAAGAAACAUGAAGGGCAUUGGUGUGCUCAUUUGUAUAUUCAUGUCUGUUUCUGACAAUAAACUGCAGAGUAAUUCAGACAAAGAUGAUGCUCCGAUGAAAGAUAAUGUCAACAUUGGUGCAUGUGAGAGUGUUAACGCCCCCGGGGAUGCAAAAAGAAAGAAGGCUGCCGUGAAGGAAGAAGAGACCCCAGAGAUGAAGGAAGAAGAGGCCCCAGAGCCUAGUUUUUGUGAAAUUGACUCGAAGACGUGUGAUGUUGACUUCGACGCGGUUGCACUAGCCAAAAAUGCCAAAGCCAGAGAAGCGGCUCAGAUAGUUUCCCGAGCAACGAGUGCCAGACACCGCCAGCUGGCUGCGACACAGAAGAGUCCGUUCUUAGGAAACAGCACCGCAAAGGCCAUCAUUCCAUCGUCGGCAUCUCACUCCGGCCGUGUCCGUGGAUAUGAUCCUUUUGAUCAAACCGGUGUCAAGUGCCUAUCCAAAACGCCCAAGACACUCUUCGAUCGAGUGCACAUGGAAGCUUACAUCAACCUACUCAGGCUGCGAUUAUCCAAGCAUCCGGAGUGGUUUGUAUCCGACCGGAUUUGCUUCCUCAACUCCAUGUUUGCUACUGUUUGGAGGCGUGACUACAAAGACUUCAAAAAGUCUGAGCGGAAUGCAGAUGGAUCUGGAAAACUUCUGCCGCCUGGAGCAUAUUCGUACUACACUGGCGAAUUACCUAUCUACUGCCAGACUAAGAAGACGUGGGCAUAUGAUGUCGACUAUUUGUACUCCAUGUUGCACAUUAGGGAGGACCAUUGGGUAGCAAUAUGGGUCUCAUUUGUGACGAAGCAUAUCACGAUAUGGGAUAGCCAUGCGGCCACCAAAUAUGCAUCUGACGAGCAAAUUGCCGAAGCUGUGGAGCCUCUUGCGCUUAUGAUACCCUACCUUCUUCAGACCUGUGCACCUGACGAUGACAAGUGGAGAUUCCCCUACACGUCGUUCACCCAUUCGCGAGUACCAGGUACGGAGAUACCUCAAAACAUUCAGAGUGGUGAUUGUGGAGUGUAUUGUCUGAAGUACAUCGAGUGUCAUGCAUUGGAUUUGCCAUUUCCUCCGGAACUUUGCGAUAAAAACAUUCAAAAAAUCAGGGAGAAAAUGGCUGCAGAGCUCUUUGACGAAACAGGUUGUAGGGGUCAUGAUAAGCUAGAUGCAAUCGGGCUGGAUGUCUAUGAUAGGAAAGCUUAG